AUGGCAUAUAACCUCACACUCCAUUACACCAUACUACACAUAUAUAUCUGCACAUCCACCGCGUCCUCGCCUCCCAAUGUCCAAGUCCGACGUUCCCACCACCCCACGGAGCCCGGGUCCUUAUUUUUCCUCCGUUCCUGCGAUAGACAGGGGUACAUAGAUUGGCACGGCCUCGGUGAACGGGGCCAACAUUCCUAG